GCCCCCCAUUUCCUUGCUCGGCCCCCCGCUUCCGCCGGGAGCUGCGCCGCUCGCCGCCGCCGCUGGGGGCGCCCGGGACCCGAGGAGCGGCGGUUCCCGGAGCGUCGCCUCCCGGGUCUCAGACGGGCGGCGGCGAGCGGCGAGCAGCGCCCCGACACGGCGCCCACCGCCCCAGCGACCCGCGGCGCGCCCCGGCCCGGACUGCGGCCAGAGGCGGCGGCCGCGGCCCCGGCCCCGCUCCCCGCCAUCCCGCGGCGCCCGCUCGCCGCGCCCCCGCGCGCCGCUCGCCGCCUCGGUCAUGGGGCCGCGCGGGCCUGGGGUCCGGCCGAGCUGACGCGCUGGCGGCCCGCGCGCCCCCUGGGGCCGCCCCCGCCCCCCGCCCGCCGGCGCCUGGCGCUCAGGAUGAUGAAGAAGAAGAAGUUCAAGUUUAAGGUGGACUUCGAGCUCGACGAGCUCUCCUCCGUGCCCUUCGUCAACGGCGUCCUCUUCUGCAAGAUGCGGCUGCUGGACGGCGGCAGCUUCAGCGCCGAGUCCCCCAGGGAGGUGGUGCAAGCGAACUGUGUUCACUGGAGGAAGAAGUUCUCAUUUAUGUGCAAAAUGAGCGCCAGCGCCGCCACGGGCAUCCUGGAUCCCUGCAUCUACAGGGUGUCUGUGCGCAAGGAAUUAAAAGGUGGAAAAGCUUAUGCAAAGCUGGGCUUUGCAGAUCUCAACCUGGCGGAGUUUGCUGGAUCAGGAAAUACCACUCGUCGCUGUUUACUGGAAGGCUACAAUACCAAAAAUACAAGACAGGAUAACUCCAUCCUUAAAGUUUUCAUCAGUAUGCAGCUGAUGUCUGGUGACCCAUGUUUUAAAACGCCUCCUUCUACGUCCAUGUCCAUACCGAUUGCCGGUGAAUCCGAAUCUCUGGAGGAAGAUAGAAAAGGAGGAGAAACUCUCAAAGUCCACCUUGGAAUCGCAGAUCUCUCGGCAAAGAGCGCCUCUGUUCCAGAUGUGCUUGGAGCCUGUGGACAUUCGAGAACGUCGAGCCAUGCGAGCCAGCAGUCAAAAGUAUCAGGGUACAGCUCGUGCCACUCCCGGUCAUCCAGUCUCUCUGAGCUCUGCCACAGGAGAAACACCUCUGUGGGAAGCACAUCGACAGGCGUGGAAAGUAUCCUAGAGCCAUGUGAUGAAAUUGAGCAGAAAGUAGCUGAGCCAAAUCUUGAUGCAGCUGAUAGAGAAGACUCGGCUUCAGAGACACUCAGCAGGUACCCAGUGAAACAAGAUUCUGUAGAAUUUCAGCUGAAGCGAGUUGAUGACACCAGAGUGGACGCCGACGACAUUGUGGAGAAAAUACUACAAAGCCAAGACUUCAGCCUGGACUCCAGUGCGGAAGAGGAAGGACUGCGGCUGUUCGUGGGUCCUGGAGGGAGGACGACCUUCGGCAGCCACCAUCCUCCCGGCAGAGUCGUGUCCGGAGCCUACGAACAAGUCGUGAUCAAACGCUAGACGCCCAGCUGGCGAGUGGCAGCUUCCCUGUGGGAGUGAGAUGCGGGCAGCUGAGCUGUCAGGCGCUUUCUUGGGAGAAGGUGAAGCUGUCUGAAAAAGGAGGCGUGUCCAUGUGCCCCAAGGAAAGCCAGCACGCACACAGGGACCAUCGGACGGUAGUGUCGGGGCCCGCGUGUCCGUGUGUGUGGAAGUCCACGCUUCCGUGGUCACUGCCCGAGAUCAUGCAAAGACUGCUUUUUCUUUCAAAACCCCCUGGUGGGGAAACAGCACUGUACACCUGGGUCUAGUUAGUGUUGAAGCAUAAAACCUACGACCGAGGUGCACAACAGAUUCUAAUUACUUAACUUUAUGUUUGAGAGACAAUACAUGACGAUAAAGGCCCUAUAAAUUCUGUCAAAAUAGUUACAAUUCCUGCUAAGGGAAUCUUGCAUAUGUUAUACUACCUAGAGUAUUGUACUAAGUUUAACUCAUUUUGAUACAAUUGGUAUAAAAAAGUGUGGGUGUUCAUGCUUUGGGGAAAAGUUAUACUACAACUGAAACCUUACAGUAAAAUGCUUAAUGUAAACGUAUCAGUCAUAAGUCGAGUAACAAGUGUAUUUGAGUCUGAGCUGCGUGGAUGGGUGUCAUGCCGUUACGAGGCAGUGUGUGUUGUUACUUGUUAGUAUUAGAUGCUGCAGAGCCCCUAGCACUUGCCAGACCCAAGGGGAGCGUCGUGUUCCAUGCUAGGCUGCCGUGCCCGUGCGCACCCUGACAGACAAGCUGUUUUACGCACUGAACAAUGGCUGUUGUUUCGGGAGUCAGAGUUUAGAGCAUCUGGAGGAAAGUUGUGAUACGAUGAGAAACAGAGCAGCCUUCCUCUGUAAGUUCCCACAGCUCUGAAAUUGAAAAUGAUUCCAAGGAGGGAGUGGGCAAGACAGGGACAGCUGUUGACAUGGACCGGUGGUCUUCUGUCUCAGCCCUCCCCCCACCAGAUACUGUGCUUUCUUCUCACUGUAUCAGAAAUUGGUUGUUUUGAGGCAAGAUUAGACUAGAACAUACAUCACACAGAGCAUUUAAAGUAAGAAGAGCUGGCCCAGCAGGCAUGGCUCAGGGGUUGAGCGUCGACCUUUGAACCAGGAGGUCACGGUUCAAUGGCCCCUUCGGGCACAUGCCCAGGUUGCGGGCUCGAUCCCGGGAGGAGCUGAUCGAUGAUUCUCAUCAUUGAUGUUUUUCUCCCCCACUCCCUUCCUCUCUGAAAUCAAUAAAACUCUAUUUUUAAAAAAUAAAGUAAGACUUUCUGGAGCUGGCUUAGCUCAGCAGCUCCUUUGAAUCACUUGCCAGCCACUCCUGCUUUCGAGGGUGGUUUGAGACCCGCGGGUCCCCUCCAGCCCUUUAAAUUUAAAAAAAUACAAAUAAAAUAAGAAUAUCUGAUCUGGAUCCAGGUUAACAGCAUGGACCUGGAGAGUUUUUUCUGGUUUUAUGUGACAGUUUCUGUGUGGAAAGACCUUAAUUUUCUCAUCCUCACCCUAGGAUAUUUUUCAAUUGAUUUUUAGAGAGAGUGGAAGGAAGGGGAGAGACAAAGAAACAUUGAUGUGAGAGAAACAUCGAUUGGUUGCCUCCUGCACACACCCAGACCAGGGGAUUGAGCCUGCAACUGAGAUAUGCGCCCUUGACGGGAAUCGAACCUGGGACCCUUCAGUCCAAGGGCUGAUGCUCUAUCCACUGGCCCAAACCAGCCAGGACUAGAUCUUAAUUUUCUUGGCAUCAUCCAGUUGAAAAAAAUGUAGAUUCUAUACAACUAGAAAUUCCCACUCUUUACUUUCAAAACCAUGUUCAAGUAACAUAUGUUAGAAUUCCUUUGGUCUGUGUAUUUUCAUGUUGGCAAAAUAGAGGGGGGGUAUUUUUAAGAAAAUAUUAUUUUAAUAUUCAAAUUGAGAGGUUGGAGAACUUUAAAUAGUUCAUGUUAGGGCUUUUGUGUGGUUUUUAAUAUUUCAAGGAUUGGGUAUUCCAAACGAAUCCAAAACUACUUUUACAAAUAGAUUCUGAGAUUUUAAAGCAAUGACACCCAGAUAGGGUUUUUUUCUGAGUCAUUAAACUUUCUAAGAUUUG